AUGGGCAGGAUUGUCUUCUUCGAGGACAAGAAUUUCCAGGGCCGUCGCUACGAGUGCGACAGCGACUGCUCUGACUUCCACGCCUACCUGAGCCGCUGCAACUCCAUCCGGGUGGAGAGUGGGGCCUGGGUGGUGUACGAACGUCCCAACUACAUGGGCUACCAGUACGUCCUGACCAGGGGGGAGUACCCAGAGUACCAGCGCUGGAUGGGCCUCAAUGACCGCCUCAGCUCCUGCAAGAUGGUCCACUUUACCAGUGGGACUCAGUACAAGAUGCAGCUGUAUGAGAAGGCAGACUUCGGGGGCCAGGCCUUCGAGGCCACAGAGGACUGCCCCUCUCUGCUGGAGAAGUUCCGCUGGAGGGAGGUCAACUCCUGCAAGAUCUUCGAUGGCUGGUGGGUUUUCUACGAGCACCCUAACUACCGUGGACGCCAGUACUUCCUGGAGAAGGGAGAGUACCGCAAGCCUGGCGACUGGGGAGCCAACAGUCCUGCGGUCCAGUCCUUCAGGCGCUUCACCGAAUGA